AUGGUUAUGGAACGGUUAGCUACUCAUUCAGGUACAUGGUACCCAUCAAAGAAGAAGAUUUUAGAGAAUCAACUUAAUAUACCAACUGUAUCUUCCUCAUCUAAAAAUGGCACACGUAUCAUCAUAUCGCCUCAUGCAGGUUAUAAGUACUGUUCAAAGACCAUGUUGUCUGCAUACCAAUCAUUAACUUUCCAAAACUUUUCCAAUCAGAAAGAUCAUAUGGAUAAAAGUUCACAAACAGACACAUCCAGGGACACAGCUGGCGAUAGUGGUGAUAGUGGUGAUAGUGGUGAUGUACGAGUAUUUGUUAUUGGACCGUCACAUCAUGUGUAUUUCAAAGACAAAGUUCUGCUGACUAGAUUUCAUCGUUUAGAAACACCGUUUGGAAAUUUACCUGUUGAUACAGAGUUGAUUGAAAAAUGGGUCGGCCUAUAUCCCAAACUUUUCCAGUAUAUGGAUCCAGAUGUUGAUUUAGAGGAACAUUCUUUGGAGAUGCAGUUUCCUAUACUCUAUAAUACAUUAUUGAGUCGUAAUGUAAUUCCAAAGACUGGUAACAAUGAGGAAGCAGAGGAGGAAAAGGCAAACAAGGGAGAAGCAAUCAGGGUUAAGGUGGUUCCUAUCUUAAUGUCACAUGGGUCGGAAUCAAUGUAUAAUGGAUUGGCAAAGAUUUUAGGGGACUUUUUACAAGAGGAUCCAAGCAGUUACAUUAUUAUAUCUAGUGAUUUCUGUCAUUGGGGGAGAAGAUUCGAUUAUACGGGUUACGUUGGAUCUAUCGAGGAUUUACAAUUGGCCAUGGACGACGAGACAGAGAUCGAGAUGCUGACGUCAAGAAGCAAAUUGUCGCAUCAUCAGAUCCCUAUUUGGUCAAGUAUUGAAAUCCUGGAUAGGUAUGCUAUGAAAGUCUUAGAAUGUGGAGAUCCUGAACUAUGGAACAAAUAUUUGGAUAUUACUGGCAACACCAUUUGUGGUAGAGAACCUUUACGCUGUUUAUUGUAUGUAUUGAACUAUAUGAAAUCUAAAUAUAGCGCAGGUUUUGAUUGGAAGUGGGAUAAAUAUUCACAGAGUAGUCAAAUCAAUUCUGUUGCAGAGAGUAGUGUAAGUUAUAGUUCAGGGCACAUAACGCUUCGACAAAAAGGUUACUGUGAAAAAAAAAAAUGA